CAACAAAAUCAGUAUUUAAAAGAUUAUACGGCCUCACAAACUCUUUACCAUUCACCUAAGACAGCAAAAAAGAAAAGAUGUCGACAGUUUCACCCUCCUCGCAACUAGUUCAGGUGGUUCCAGACAACCACACCAACACUGGCGACUCCUCUGCUAGGGUCAAGUACGAGGAUCUUGUCCGCAACUCCGACAUCUUCCUGGAGCAUCUCAGAGCUCUCCUCGGAUUCCUCGGGAACGAACUCAAGGUUCCUACGGUGGGAGGGAGCACUCUGGACCUGCACCGCCUUUUCGUGGAGGUUACCUCUCGUGGUGGGAUUGCAAAGGUGAUUAAGGAUAAGAGAUGGAGGGAAGUGAUUGGUGCGUUCAAGUUUCCGAACACAAUCACAAGUGCGUCGUUUGUGCUGAGGAGGUACUACUUCAAGUUCCUUUUUCAGAUGGAGCAAGUGUAUUACCUCGAGCAAUCAGCUUCUUCCAUGAAAUCAGCAGAGGAAGUAAUGGAGAGCCUCUCCCCAAACCUCGAGGAAGGCACUGAUGAACCGCAGAUUGGGGCUUUGGUAGACGGAGUGCUUGAUGGGAAGUUCGAAAGUGGAUACCUGGUGACGAUGAAAUUCGGUUCUAAAGUGCUAAAAGGAGUGCUUUACCAUCAUCAUGUUCAAAGUCCCCAACAAGCCAUGGGAACUCCACCUUCAGGCAUGCCACCAGCAUCGCAGCGCCGAGCUAAGAAGAAAGCAAGAUUGACUACUGUUGUUGAUUCCCAGAAGCCCAAAUGCCACAGGAGUGGCUACAACUUCUUCUUCGCUGAGCAGUACGCUAGGCUCAAACCUGAGUACCAUGGCAAAGAAAGGAUCAUCACCAAGAUGAUUGGACGCAUGUGGGGUGAUCUCUCCGAGUCUGAGAAACAGGUUUACCAAGACAAAGGAGUUAAGGAUGUGGAGAGGUACAGGACUGAGAUGCUGGAGUACAAGUCUGCCCAUGAGUCUGGAGCUUCUGCUUCUGCAGCAGCCACCAUGGCUCAGUAGUUUUUUCUUUCUCCCGUUGUGUUGUUGUUUUCUCUUUCUUUAUUACAUUUCUCUUUCUUCUUUCUUUCUCUGGACAAGUUCUUUUUCUUUUAUGAUGGAUAUUUAUUUCUUUUGAUCAGUUUGCAGAACAUGCCAUGUUUAUGGUUUUAGGGUUAGUAAAAGAGGUUACUAACUGCUUACUAAGGUCAUUCUUCUGUUUCCAUGUUUUCAACUUGGAUAUAUUCUCUGUUGUUGCAGAAAUUUGUAUUAACUUAAUUA